AUGAAGAAGUACAUGUUGGCCGAUCUGCAGCUUGCGAUUCAACCUCGCGAGUCGAAAGUUUACAUUACCUCCUGGCACCAACACCCUGAUCUCUCGCAGCUGAAGAAGAGCCUUAAGCGCCGUCUCAAGACUCAACUUCUUCACUUCGAGGUCGUCACUGGCGGGAUUCGGAUGGUUUUCAUGCUAGUCAGCUCCGAGCGAAGGUCUCCACCCUCAACGAAGAGCUCUCGAAGCUCGAGCCAUCUCCAGAAGCUCCGCUUCUUCCUUCAGGGGUCAUCUCCGCUUCUCUCGCGAGUCCAGUCACAGAUUCGUCGCUUUGACCUCUCUGUCCACCUGGCGCUUGAGAAAUACCACCGCUGGCCUUCCUCGCAGUACCUCGCCGCGCACCCCGACCUGCUAGAGUUUGCGAGGUUCAAGCGGGAGCUUCCCCACAGUCGGGGAGGGGACGAGUUCACGCCCUCUGAAGGUAUACACCCCGCUGUUUACUAUACCGCUAUCGCGUGGUACUCUGACCAGCCCAUGUCCCGGACCUUGCCCUCUCCUCAUAGCCUGGACGUUCACUGCUCGAGAUCUCUCCGUGCCGCCGUGCCCAGAAGCAUCCUCUGGCGACCUUCUUCGUUGAGGCGCACGACUUUGUUCAUAAUGCUGGAGCGAUUCUCUACCGUCGUAAACUCAGAGGACCGUCGCGACGCCCCCCCGGCAUAUGUAGUACACAUACCUGGCUUGCGCGCUCUCGUCGACUCGUCUCAUGAGCACUUCAUUGCUCCACCUGCGCAGCGCAAUGUGACUCCUCUUGUCAUGCGAGUGUUUCCUCGCCAUGUGCAUGCUCGCGCUGCCCUCACCGAUCAGCAGCGUGAUAUCCUCACCUUGCACAGCCGAAGGACGUACUCGCUCAAGUCGCAGGAUAGGGUCUUGCAGUCUACCAUCUUCGCUCAUUUUCCUGAGCAGGACCUGAGCCACUCUCCGAUGCGAGUCUCGAGCUACUAUACCCUCAAGGCCUUCCCGCACCGCUAUGCUCAGAUGCUCGACUGCUAUCUCCAUGGCAUGCCGAUCUGUCAGUGUCCGACGGAAUUUGAUGGAUGUCAGCGCGAGCUCGAUCCCUCCGUUGCUGCACAUCAUCUCCAGACCUGCAAACGCCGAUCCUCCAAGCUUCCCACGGCGCAUGACAACCUUACUCGUACGAUUCGGUCGAUGCUCAACGAAGCUGGUCUUCAGAGCGUCAUCGAUACAGUCGGGGAUCCUCGUUCUCGACGCUGUGUGCAUGCAGGUUUAGCUUGUUCCUGCUUUGUUUUGCUUGAGGCACUUUUUACCUUCUGCGAGUAA